AUGACCACCCGCGGCAGCAAAGUCAAGCUGUCCUCCAUCGAUACGCUGACUUUCUACAAUGGAGCGGAGACGACAUUUCGCCGGACCAGUCCAGUACCUCAGCUGACGUGUCAGGGUUCCAAGUCGAUUUGCCGACAAUAUGCUCCGGAUGUCAUACAGUGCCAGAAUAUGGGCGGAACAGCUCCAGAUAUACAAUGGCGCUGCGAGGCAGAGCUGCCGUCGUCAGUCAAGCUCGGUCGGGUCGAGGUUUCUUGCGAGGGCUACGCGCAUGCAGACGACGAAUAUGUACUCAAGGGGUCGUGCGGAUUGACGUACAGCCUCGUUCAGCGCACGCCGGACUAUGACGACGGAUCACUGCCGUGGCAAAGGAACAACAAGAUGAGCUAUGACGACAUACUCUCUAGCCUCUUUUACUGUCUCUUCCUGGCCAUGCUUGCCUAUUUCGUAUAUUCUUUCGUCAGAUCCUUCUUCCGGCCAGAGGGACAACGUGCGCCAGGAACAGUUCCGCCACGCGGCGACGGCGGCGGUGGCGGCGGUGGCUGGGGACCAGGUUUUGGGGGAGGGCCACCUCCACCGCCAUAUAGCAAGAGUCCCGAUACCACGAGCACAGGCUGGAGGCCAGGCUUCUGGUCAGGUCUUGCCGGCGGUAUGGCCGCCCAGAGCCUGCUCAAUAGAAAUACUCGAAGUAUGGCACCGCAACGAGACAGCUGGUUCGGUGGGCGAGGCGGCAUGAACGACUAUCAGCCACGCGCUGGUCCGUCUCGAGAGCGUGAGAGCAUGGGCGGGGGUAGUAUGCGUACAUCGGCUGGCUUCGGAGGCACGAGAAAUCGAUGA